AGAGGCCUUUGUAAGAGGAACUGAUGCUCCCAGAACUGCUAGCCAGAGAGCCAGCAGGAGGCCAUGUGUGGCCCCCCACCAGGAGCCCCCUGAACUUGGCCCCCCCUGAGGACCCAACCCAGAGCCCCGGGACCGAGAACUGCAGCCACUAUGGGUAGCAAGGAACGGUUUCACUGGCAAAGUCACAAUGUGAAGCAGAGUGGUGUGGACGACAUGGUGCUGCUCCCCCAGAUCAACGAGGAUGCCAUUGUGAGCAACCUCAAGAAACGUUUCUUGGACGACUACAUCUUUACCUACAUUGGCUCAGUUCUCAUCUCUGUCAACCCCUUCAAGCAAAUGCCAUAUUUCACUGACCGAGAGAUUGAGCUGUACCAAGGAGCGGCACAAUAUGAGAACCCGCCACACAUCUAUGCCCUCACGGACAAUAUGUAUCGAAACAUGCUCAUUGACAGUGAAAACCAGUGUGUCAUUAUCAGCGGAGAAAGUGGGGCAGGGAAGACGGUAGCUGCCAAAUACAUCAUGGGCUACAUAUCCAAAGUUUCUGGAGGGGGAGAGAAGGUCCAGCAUGUAAAAGACAUCAUCCUGCAGUCCAACCCCCUGCUCGAAGCCUUUGGGAACGCCAAAACCGUUCGCAACAACAACUCCAGCCGUUUUGGCAAGUACUUUGAGAUCCAGUUCAGUCGAGGAGGGGAGCCAGACGGUGGGAAGAUCUCCAACUUCCUCCUGGAGAAAUCUAGAGUGGUCUCACAGAACGAGAGUGAGAGGAACUUCCAUAUCUACUACCAGCUGCUAGAAGGUGCUUCCCAGGAGCAGCGGCAAAACCUGGGCAUCAUGACCCCUGACUACUAUUAUUACCUCAACCAAUCUGACACCUAUAAGGUGGAUGGAACCAAUGACCUCAAUGAUUUUCAUGAGACUCUGGAUGCCAUGCAGGUCAUUGGGAUCCCGCCCAACGCCCAGCAGUUGGUCCUGCAGAUCGUGGCCGGAAUCCUACAUCUGGGCAACAUUAGCUUCUGCGAAGAGGGCAACUACGCCAGAGUAGAGAGCACAGACUUGCUGGCCUUCCCUGCCUACUUGCUGGGCAUUGACAGCGGGCGCCUCCGGGACAAACUAACUAGCCGUAAGAUGGACAGCCGAUGGGGUGGCCGGACUGAGUCCAUUAAUGUCACCCUGGGCGUGGAGCAAGCCGCCUACACUCGGGAUGCCCUGGCGAAGGGGCUCUAUUCCAGGCUUUUUGAUUUCCUGGUGGAGGCCAUAAACCGGGCCAUGCAGAAGCCAACAGAAGAAUACAGCAUUGGAGUGCUGGAUAUCUAUGGCUUUGAAAUAUUCCAGAGAAAUGGCUUUGAGCAGUUCUGCAUCAACUUUGUGAAUGAGAAACUACAACAGAUUUUCAUCGAGCUGACACUGAAGGCCGAACAGGAGGAAUAUGUUCAGGAAGGCAUCAAAUGGACCCCCAUCCAAUACUUCAACAACAAAGUUGUAUGUGACCUCAUCGAGAACAAACUGAAUCCUCCGGGCAUCAUGAGUGUGCUGGAUGAUGUCUGCGCCACAAUGCACGCCACGGGUGAUGGAGCUGACCAGACCCUGCUGCAGAAGCUACAGGGGGCCGUGGGCUGUCACGAGCACUUCAACAGUUGGAAUUCGGGCUUCAUCAUCCACCAUUAUGCAGGCAAGGUCUCCUAUGAUGUCAGUGGUUUCUGUGAACGAAACCGAGAUGUUCUCUUCUCAGACCUCAUCGAGCUUAUGCAGAGCAGCGAACAUGCCUUCAUUCAAAUGCUCUUCCCCGAGAGAUUGGACUCAGAAAAGAAGGGCCGGCCCAGCACUGCCGGCUCCAAGAUCAAGAGACAGGCUAAUGACCUGGUGGACACUUUGAAGAAGUGUACACCCCACUAUAUCCGAUGCAUUAAGCCCAAUGAGACCAAGAGGCCCCAUGACUGGGAAGAAAGCAGGGUGAAGCAUCAGGUGGAAUAUCUGGGUCUGAAAGAAAAUAUCCGUGUCCGUCGUGCUGGCUUUGCGUACCGCCGAGUCUUCUCAAAGUUCCUGCAGAGGUACGCCAUCCUGACUCCGGAGACGUGGCCACGAUGGCGCGGGGAUGAACGCCAGGGGGUGCAGCACCUCCUCCGCUCUGUCAACAUGGACCCCGAUCAGUUCCAAAUGGGGCGCUCCAAGGUCUUCAUCAAGAACCCAGAGUCGCUCUUUCUGCUGGAAGAAAUGCGAGAACGCAAGUUUGAUGGCUUUGCCCGCACCAUCCAGAAAGCCUGGAGACGCCAUGUAGCCAUGAGAAGAUAUGAACAAAUGAGGGAGGAAGCCUCCAAUAUCCUGUUAAACAAGAAGGAAAGGAGAAGGAACAGCAUCAACAGAAACUUUGUGGGCGACUACCUGGGGCUGGAGUCCAGGCCUGAGCUUCGCCAGUUUCUGACCAAGCGUGAACGGGUAGAUUUCGCAGACUCCAUCACCAAGUAUGACAGGCGCUUCAAGCCCAUCAAGCGGGACCUGAUUCUGACCCCUAAGUAUGUGUAUGUGAUCGGGCGGGAGAAAGUAAAGAAGGGUCCAGAGAAGGGACAGAUUCAAGAGGUUCUGAAGAAGAAAAUAGAAAUCCAGGCCCUUCGGGGGGUCUCACUCAGCACCAGACAGGAUGACUUCUUUGUCCUCCAUGAAACCGGGGCAGACAGCUUCCUAGAGAGUAUUUUCAAAACAGAACUCAUCAGCCUCCUGUGCAAGCGUUUCCAAGAACUCACUCACAACACCCUGACCCUGACCUUCAAUGACACACUACAGUUCCGGGUGAAGAAGGAAGGCUGGGGUGGAGGAGGAACCCGGACCAUCACUUUCUCCCGAGGUCCAGGAGAAGUGGCUACCUUCAAAGCUAGUGGCAAGAACCUGAUGAUCAGCAUCAGUGAUGGACUUCCUAAAAACUCCAAGCCAACAAAGAAAGGCCCUCCACAAGGCCAGAGGAGGAGACAGGCACGAGCAACUCCAGCUCCUUCUAGAGGGCCACCUCAGCAUAGGGCUCCCCACACGGCCCACAGAGGCCCCUCACCCUUGGAACAGAUGUCAAUGGGGAAUAGCCCACGGAUGCAGCGGGGCCCUCCUGCCACAGCUCUGGGCGGGAGCGGGAGCCGACGGCCCCACAAACGGCCUCCCUCUGAACACAACAUGGAAUUUCUCAAUGUGCCUGAUCAGGGGAUGGCUGGGAUGCAGAGGAAGCGAAGCAUUGGACAGAGGCCUGUGCCAGGGGUGGGAAGGCCCAAGCCUCAGCCCCGAAUGCCCGGUCCACGGUGUCGGGCCCUUUAUCAGUACGUGGGCCAAGAUGUGGAUGAAUUGAGCUUCAAUGUCAACGAGGUCAUCGACAUCUUGCUGGAGGAUCCAUCAGGCUGGUGGAAAGGCCGCCUGCAUGGCCAGGAGGGCCUUUUCCCUGGAAACUACGUGGAAAAGAUCUAAGACCCCAGGAAAUCUGGGAUUCCAAAUGGAAUUCUUUCCAGCCCUUCCUACCUGGCCCAUCUCUGCUCCAAACCUCUUCUGGGGGAGCUGGGACCCCCGUCUUGUCUCCUCCAUGCCAUGAAAGUCUCAGAAGCCUGGCAGCUAUGGGGAUGCUUUGAGGCCUCUGGUUUUUUUCCAUGAAGAACGAUUCCCUCGAGAAAUUUCUCUUUCCCUUACUGACUCCGGCCCUCUUUCCCAGGCUCUCGCCAAGAGGAGCCAAAUACCCGUCCUUCCUCAGGGAGGAGGAGCAGGGCAGGCAGGAUACCUCUUCCUGACCAGACCCUUUCAGGAUGAAACCUGGGGUUUGGGGGCCAGAACAGAGAGACCAAGGACAAGGGACUGAGAGCCAAUAAAGGAAGAACUCAAUCAACAUGGCAUAGUGUCUUCCUUCAUAAGCCAUACAGCAGGUAGCCUGAACUCAAACCUGCCUCAGAGACUAGCUGUGUGACCCUGGACAAGCCUUUUAAUCUGUUUGCCUCAGUUUCCUCAACUGUAAAAUGGGGAUAUUAAGACUACCUACCUCUCAGAUUGGUUGUGAGGAUCUGAAGAAAAUCUAACUAAAAAAUACUUUACAAGCCUUAAAUCGCUGAAUGCUAAUUAUCCUGAUGCCGAUUCCAAAUGUGAUUCCAAAUCCCUGAGUGCCCAGGCUCAAGCCCAUGGCAGGGGCCUGGAUGAUCAUCAAGCUCAAAUUUUUCAUGCUACAGAUGGGGAAAUUGAGACCCAAAGUGGAAGAGACCCAAGGUCAUCUAGCACAUCAGUAGCAGAGCUGGGAUUUGAACUUGGUUCUUUUAACUAUAUAAACCCAGUGCUCUUCCCAUUCUACCACUCAGGAAAAUAUUGCUUUUAUCUCCUUGGGGUAAAACUCUUCUGGUUUGGGGGACUUUUACUCCAUCUGAAGGACAUUGGACUCAAUGGCCUGUAAGAUUCCUUCCAAUUUUAAAUUCUGUGAACCUGUGGAUAUCUACAGAACCUGAAUUCUAUAGACUAUUCCUAUUUAAAAUGAUUUUCAAAAAUUGGUAGCAUAAAAAUAGUACCCCAUGGAGGGGCCGUUCACAAUAGAAUCUCAUUUAGCUACCCCAAGUUCUAUUUAAUUUUAAAAGUGAGGAUUCUUGCUAAACCUUUGCUCACAAGCCUCCACCAACAUAUUUUACUUUUUCCAGCGAGCCAAAUGACCCAAUAACAAAGCCUUAAAUAGUAAAUAAGGUGAUAAAACGUUGCUCUCUUCCACCAUGAGAUCCCUUUCCCGCAAAUACAUAUGACUCAGCAAAAAGAGUGGGGCUUUCACAAGAAUUACGUGUUGAGUUUUCACACAUGGGGAAUACGUGACCACAUUGGAGAACAAAGGGCACCUAAAUAAAGGAAGGAAGAAAGAAUUUAUUAUGUGCUUGACUAGGUGCAAAGCACGGAGCUAAAUAUUGGGAAAUAAAUAGAAAAAUAAGACAUUCCCCAAUGGAAUAUUUCACAUUUUAAUGGUGGAAACAAUGCCCGUGGAAGGUUUUAGCUGUGAAUCAGAUGGAAAAAUCCCGUGGUCCUUAGACUGAAGCAGCAAUGUAGAGGCUAAUGCUUCUUUAAUGUCAUGUCCACUUAUAAAAUAUAUAUAUAUAUAUAUAUAUAUAUAUAUAUAUAUAUAU